CUGGGGCCCCACUCCCCCCCGCAGGGAGGGUCCACCCGGCUCAGGGAGAAGAGGAGCCCCGCAGACAGCGCGGGAGGCUCCGUGGUGCGGUCAGCGUGUCCAGGGAGGCAGAGACUGCUCCUCAGGGUCUGGCAGGAGGGGCCCUGCCUCUGCGCCUCCUGCCCCACGCGGCCCCCGCCCCGGCGCCGGGACCCCCGCGCCCGGACCUCUCCUCCGCGGCGCGGUUCCCGGCCGGCGGGUGCCCGCCCGCAGCGGAAGGCGGCGUGGCCCUCGUCGCUCAGCCACUCCCCCCACCCCCCGAAUAGCCCCCCGCGGCCCCCGCCCCGGGGCCCGGGCCUCGCCCUCCGCCCACGUCCCCCCUGGGACCCCGCAGUGCCCCCCCCCGCCCGACCGGCCCCGAGUCCUCCCGGCCCCCGCCUCCGGUGCAGCCCCCUCCCCGCCCCCGCUUCCCUCCCGGCUCAGGCCCCCUCCCCCCGCCGCCCCCGCCCCCGGGGAAGGCAGGCGCCGAGCUGAGCCGGGGCCGAUGCAGCUGAGCCGCGCCGCCGCCGCCGCCGCCGCCGCCGCUCCCGCGGAGCCCCCGGAGCCGCUGUCCCCCGCGCCGGCCCCGGCCCCGGCCCCCCCCGGCCCCCUCCCGCGCAGUGCGGUCGGCGGGGCUCCGGCGGGGGGCCAGGGGGGGCCGGGGCGCCGCGCGGAGUCUCCGUGCGCUCCGCUCCCGGCCGCUGCCGGCGCUGGCCCCGGCCCGGGCCCCGGCCCCGGCGCGGGCAUGGACGGCCCCGGGGCCAGCGCCGUGGUCGUGCGCAUCGGCAUCCCGGACCUGCAGCAGACGAAGUGCCUGCGCCUGGACCCGGCCGCGCCCGUGUGGGCUGCCAAGCAGCGCGUGCUGUGCGCGCUCAACCACAGCCUCCAGGACGCGCUCAACUACGGGCUCUUCCAGCCGCCCUCCCGCGGCCGCGCGGGCAAGUUCCUGGACGAAGAGCGGCUCCUGCGGGAUUACCCGCCCAACCUGGACACGCCCCUGCCCUACCUGGAGUUUCGUUACAAGCGGCGAGUUUAUGCCCAGAACCUCAUUGACGAUAAGCAGUUUGCAAAGCUUCACACGAAGGCGAAUCUGAAGAAGUUCAUGGACUAUGUCCAGCUGCACAGCACAGACAAGGUGGCCCGCCUGCUGGACAAGGGGCUGGACCCCAAUUUCCAUGACCCUGACUCAGGAGAGUGCCCCCUGAGCCUGGCAGCCCAGCUGGACAACUCCACGGACUUGCUGAAGGUGCUGCGAAAUGGCGGUGCCCACCUCGACUUCCGCACCCGCGACGGGCUGACCGCCGUGCACUGUGCCACGCGCCAGCGGAAUGCAGGGGCGUUGACGACCCUGCUGGACCUGGGGGCUUCGCCUGACUACAAGGACAGCCGUGGCCUGACUCCCCUGUACCACAGUGCCCUGGGGGGCGGGGAUGCUCUCUGCUGUGAGCUGCUUCUCCAUGACCAUGCUCAGCUGGGGACCACUGAUGAGAAUGGCUGGCAGGAGAUCCACCAGGCCUGCCGCUUUGGGCACGUGCAGCAUCUGGAGCACCUGCUGUUCUACGGCGCCGACAUGGGAGCCCAGAAUGCCUCAGGGAACACAGCCUUGCACAUCUGUGCCCUCUACAACCAGGAGAGCUGUGCCCGUGUCCUCCUUUUCCGGGGCGCUGACAAGGACGUCCGCAAUUACAACAGCCAGACGGCCUUCCAGGUGGCCAUCAUCGCGGGGAACUUUGAGCUUGCGGAGGUCAUCAAGACGCACAAGGACUCUGACGUCGUGCCGUUCAGGGAGACGCCCAGCUAUGCCAAGCGGCGGCGACUGGCCGGCCCCAGUGGCUUGGCGUCCCCUCGGCCACUGCAGCGCUCGGCCAGCGACAUCAACCUGAAGGGUGAGGUGCAGCCGGCCGCUUCUCCCGGACCCUCUCUGCGAAGCCUUCCCCACCAGUUGCUGCUCCAGAGGCUGCAGGAGGAGAAAGAUCGUGACCGGGAUGGCGACCAGGAGAACGACGCCAGCGGUCCCUCGGCAGGCAGGGGCAGCCAGAGCAAGAUCAGCCCGAGCGGGCCCGGCGGCCCCGGCCCCGCGCCCGGCCCUGGCCCGGCGCCCCCCGCGCCCCCCGCGCCGCCGCCGCGGGGCCCGAAGCGGAAACUUUACAGCGCCGUCCCCGGCCGCAAGUUCAUCGCCGUGAAGGCGCACAGCCCGCAGGGCGAGGGCGAGAUCCCGCUGCACCGCGGCGAGGCCGUGAAGGUGCUCAGCAUUGGGGAGGGCGGUUUCUGGGAGGGGACCGUGAAGGGCCGCACAGGCUGGUUCCCUGCUGACUGCGUGGAGGAGGUGCAGAUGAGACAGUAUGAUGCCAGGCACGAAACCCGAGAGGACCGGACAAAGCGGCUUUUCCGCCACUACACGGUGGGCUCCUAUGACAGCCUCACCUCGCACAGCGACUACGUCAUUGAGGACAAGGUGGCUGUGCUGCAGAAGCGGGACCACGAGGGCUUCGGCUUCGUGCUGCGGGGGGCCAAAGCAGAGACCCCCAUUGAGGAGUUCACGCCCACACCCGCCUUCCCUGCGCUCCAGUACCUCGAGUCCGUGGACGUGGAGGGGGUGGCCUGGAGGGCUGGGCUGCGCACAGGAGACUUCCUCAUUGAGGUGAACGGGGUGAACGUGGUCAAAGUUGGACACAAGCAGGUGGUGGCUUUGAUCCGCCAGGGCGGCAACCGCCUGGUCAUGAAAGUCGUGUCGGUGACGCGGAAGCCCGAGGAGGAUGCGGCCCGGCGCAGAGCCCCGCCGCCCCCCAAGAGGGCUCCCAGCACCACGCUGACCCUGCGCUCCAAGUCCAUGACAGCUGAGCUUGAGGAACUUGCCUCCAUUCGGAGAAGAAAAGGGGAGAAGCUGGACGAGAUCCUGGCGGCGGCCGCGGAGCCGACGCUGAGGCCGGACAUCGCGGAGGCUGACUCCCGAGCUGCCACCGUCAAACAGCGGCCCACCAGUCGGAGGAUCACCCCUGCCGAGAUCAGUUCACUGUUUGAGCGCCAGGGACUCCCGGGCCCAGAGAAGCUGCCGGGUUCUCUGCGGAAGGGGCUUCCACGGACCAAGUCUGUAGGGGAGGACGAGAAGCUGGCCUCUCUGCUGGAGGGGCGCUUCCCGCGGAGCACGUCCAUGCAGGACUCGGUGCGUGAGGGCCGCGGCAUCCCGCCCCCACCGCAGACCGCGCCGCCGCCGCCGCCCGCGCCCUACUACCUGGACUCCGGGCCGCCCCCAGCCUUCUCGCCGCCGCCGCCGCCGCCGGG